GUGACUUCCCCUUCGAGUAAGGAAAGUGAUGAGGACAAUGGUGAGCUCGUCCAGCAAAAUGACCUGACCAUAUUCGGCGCGGACGCUACUAUGCUCGGGGAGACCUUUCGUGGCAGCAAUCGGGGUUCAUCCUCAUCUAGUAAUAAGCCCAGAAGUCGAACUGCAA